AUGGAGACACAUAUUAAUACGCACUCUCAGCUGAUCAAACGUCUCAGGGCACAGCCUGUCUCUGUUCCGAACUUACUACCCAUCUUCUCAUCUUGGCCUGGCGCCGUUAAUCCUCACUGGAAGGCUUUAGUUCCUGUGAUGAAUGCAAGAAUUGACAGCCUAUUCCCAAUGCCAGUGAAGGCUACAAAGCUCAAGAGGUGUGACUUUGCUCAUCUCGCCGCGACCCGGUGGCCCCUGGCUGGCUUCAAAGAACUAUAUAUUCUCGCCUUCCUGUCUCUUUGGCUCGUCACCUGGGAUGACCAAAUUGAUGAUACGAAAGGUUCCCUGAGCAACGACUUCGAAGCUGCUGAGCAGCACCGUCGUGAAACACUUUACUUUGUGGCUCAAUGCCUUGACCUGGAUCUCACUGAAGACUUACCUCGUAGUUCCAAUGACUCUAUCUUUGUACCAGACGACCCUAUUGUCCAAAGUUUUGAUGUGAUUGGCGAAGCGCUUCGUGACGCAUAUACAUAUGAGCAACGGCACAGGUUUCUUAGAGAAGUGUCUCUUUUCAUGGUAACGUCGCAUAUGGAACAGAAAGCAAAAUUAGAAGGGCAGAUUCCCAGUUCCGAGGAAUACUGGAGAGUGCGGUUGGGCACUAGCGCAGUUGGUGUAAUUUGUGCUGCUAAUGAAUAUAGCCUUCGGUCGGUAAUACCCUAUGAUAUCAUGGAGGAUCAUGAUAUGAGAAUAAUGUGGAACGAGGUGAACGUUAUCGCUUCAAUGUAA